CCUCCCUUUCUCCCUCUGCCCUUCGCCGUUGACUCAUCAUGGCGUCCAAGCUGAACCCCAACGUCCUGUACGUGGCGGAGCCGGGCGACUCGCUGGGGUCGCCCCAAGCCGACGCCGAGAGGACUCUCAUCUCUGGAGAAGCUGGGGAGGAGUCGUCGGACAGCGACGGAGAACAAGAAGACACGUCCCACAAACUGAUCCGCAAAGUGUCCACCUCGGGACAGAUCAGGACCAAGAAAAGUGUGAAGGAGGGAAUCCUGUUGAAGCAGACCAGCUCCUUCCAGAGAUGGAAGAGGAGAUACUUCAAGCUCCGAGGCCGGACCCUGUACUACGCCAAAGACUGCAAGUCGCUGAUAUUUGAUGAGGUGGAUCUGUCGGAUGCUAGUGUGGCCGAGACCAGCACCAAGAACAUCAACAACAGCUUCACGGUGAUCACUCCCUUUCGCAAACUGAUGCUUUGUGCCGAGAGCAGGAAGGAGAUGGAGGACUGGAUCGGGGCGCUCCGAUCCGUCCAGAAGUGGGAAACCUACGAGGCCAGCCAGUUCAACAUGGAGCAUUUCUCCGGGAUGCACAACUGGUACGCCUGCUCGCACGCCAGACCGACCUUCUGCAACGUGUGCAGGGAGGCGCUGCCGGGCGUCACCUCCCACGGCCUGUCCUGUGAAGUUUGUAAGUUCAAGGCUCACAAGCGCUGUGCAGUCCGCUCCACCAACAACUGCAAGUGGACCACGCUGGCCUCCAUAGGAAAUGACAUCAUCGAGGACGAGGACGGGGUGUCCAUGCCUCACCAGUGGCUGGAGGGAAACCUGCCCGUCAGCGCCAGGUGUGUCGUGUGUGACAAGAACUGCGGCAGCGUGCGGCGGCUGCAGGACUGGCGCUGCCUCUGGUGCAAAGACAUCGUCCACAGCAGCUGUAAAGAACAAAUGGGGAAGGUUUGUCCCUUGGGUCAAUGUCGAGUGUCAAUCAUCCCCCCCACUGCACUGAACAGCAUCGACUCAGACGGCUUCUGGAAGGCCACCUCGGCGUCCUGCUCCAGCCCUCUCCUGGUCCUGGUCAACUCCAAGAGCGGAGACAACCAGGGCGUCAAGUUCCUGCGCAAGUUCAAGCAGCUGCUCAACCCGGCUCAGGUGUUCGACCUGAUGAACGGAGGCCCGGAGCUCGGGCUUCGUCUUUUCCAGAAGUUUGUGACGUUCCGUAUCCUGGUGUGCGGAGGAGACGGCAGCGUGGGCUGGGUGCUCUCAGAGCUCGAUAAACUCAACCUCCACAAACAGUGCCAGCUCGGCGUGCUGCCUCUGGGCACCGGGAACGACCUGGCCCGGGUCCUGGGGUGGGGGGGGCUCUGUGAUGACGACGCCCAGCUCCUGCAGAUCCUGGAGAAGCUGGAGAGAGCCACCACCAAGAUGCUGGACCGAUGGAGCGUGAUGACAUACGAGCUCCCGGCCACCAGCAAACACACAACAAUCAUGAAGGAGGACGACGGACUCGAUUCUCCGCUGCAGGUGCACAUCACUCAGUAUGCAGACUCCGUGGCCUCACACCUCGCCAAGAUCCUGGACUCGGACAAACACAGCGACGUCAUCUCCUCCGCCAAGUUCCUGUGUGGGACGGUGAACGACUUUGUGGCGGAGGUGGGGAAGGCGUACGAGCGAGCCACAGAGAACAAGGAGGAGGCCGACGCCAUGGCCAAGAAGUGUUCGCUGCUGAACGACAAACUGGAUUCUCUCGUCAAGGCCUUGAGUGAGGAAGCAGAGGCUCAGGUUGUUCCGGCCGGUUCGGUUCCGAUCCAGGAGAGCAGCGGUGGCGGCGGUGGCGGUGGCGGCGGCGGCGGCUCGAACCCGGGAGACGGCGGCGGCGAGUCGGGGUCAGAGGGCAAAUCAUACCGGUCCAAGGAGCAGCUGAUGCUCCGAGCCAACAGCCUGAAGAAGGCGCUGAGGCAGAUCAUCGAGCAGGCGGAGAAAGUGGUCGACGAGCAGAACCGACACACGCAGGUGCAGAGGAUGUCCUCCUCCUCCUCCAUCAAGAGGGAGAACAGCGAGGAGCUGAAGGAGGCCGAGCCACGUCCCGGCGGCCUAAGUCCCACCUCCCCCAUCGUCCUGGAGAAACCAGAGAGUCUCCACACGGUCACCUUCAACGAGGACUCAGUACACUGUUCAGAGAAGUGUGUGAUGAACAACUACUUCGGCAUCGGCCUGGACGCUAAGAUCUCCCUGGAGUUCAACAACAAGAGAGACGAGCACCCCAAGAAAUGCAGCAGCCGCACAAAGAACAUGAUGUGGUACGGAGUCCUGGGAACCAAGGAGCUGGUGCAGAAGACCUACAAGAACCUGGAGCAGCGAGUUCAGCUGGAGUGCGACGGCGUUCCCGUUCCUCUGCCCAGCCUCCAGGGCCUCGCCGUGCUCAACAUCCCCAGCUACGCCGGCGGCAUCAACUUCUGGGGCGGCACCAAGGAGGACAACAACUUCGGGGCGCCGUCGUUCGACGACAAGAAGCUGGAGGUGGUGGCCGUGUUCGGCAGCAUGCAGAUGGCCAUGUCCCGGGUCAUCAACCUGCAGCACCACCGCAUCGCACAGUGCCGUCAGGUGAAGAUCACCAUCCUGGGGGAGGAGGGCGUCCCGGUGCAGGUGGACGGAGAGGCGUGGAUCCAGCCGCCCGGCAUCGUGAAGAUCGUCCACAAGAACCGAGCUCAGAUGCUCACCAGAGACCGGGCGUUCGAGAGCACGCUGAAGUCGUGGGAGGACAAGAGGAAGUUCGACAGCUACCGCUCCUCCCGGCCGCGGCUCAACUCGCAGCAGUCCAUGGAGUACCUGACCGAUGAGGAGUGUGCUCAGGUGCAGCAGCUCGGCAUCGUGGCCGACACGCUCAUCAACAAGAUCCGCGAAGCCGCCAAGACGCACAAGCUGGUGGAGCAGGAGCUGGCGCACGCCGUCAACGCCACCGCCCUCGUGCUCACCGAGGCCAAAGUGUCCAGCCCGGAGUGUCUGAGUCGCAGCACGGCCGUGGAGAUCGUGAACAUCAGUAAAGUUCUUCAGGCCGAGACCAGGAUGCUGCUGGACGGGAAACUACUGUCGGAGUCUCCAGAGGAAGAGGAGCUCCGGUCGACCCUCAACAGCCUCAGCGCCGAACUCCACAAGCUGGACGACAUCCACUGGAUCUGUCCGCUCAUGCAGUGCUCGGACGAGGAGUCGGUGAGGAGCAGCAAGAGCAGCAUGAAGCUGAAGAUCUGCCCCAAGGUGAAGAAGGACCGAGAGAAGCUCCACAAGCAGAAGUCCAACAGUUCUCUCUCCGGAACUUGGGAAAUCAAAGGUGUCGCUGAGGCCGAUUCCUCAGGAAACUGAAGUCCUGCGUGAGGAGCUUUACUGUUGCCGCCGUAACCCUGACAACCAGGCGGGGGGGGGGGGUUCUCCUGCCCAGUGGCGUCACAGACGAGCGAGGAAGGAAAACCAUCUUCCAACUUUUACGCCGUUUCCCUCCCUGUGUUGCUACUUCGUCCUUUUUUGAAACGGGGAGGAAUCUUUUUUCCUGUUGUUUGAGUUAGUUUGAAAGGGGCGUGGCUUCGCAUCGCUUCACCAUCGGCGUUUUGGUUCUGUGGGCGUGGCCAACGGGACGAGGGAGGCGUGGAGCGACGUCGCCAAACGUGUUAUCGACGACAAAAUGUUUACGUGGCGCUCUCCUUGCAUGUUGAGUGCAGCCAUCUUGUUUUAUAUCUAUUAUUGCAAUCUUUAAAUUGUUUUUCCUCUUUAGCUUCAGUUGUUUUGUUUAUGAAAAUCCUUUUUUUCUUCAGACUUUCUCAGAGUAUUUAUUUCUCGUCGCUGCUGCCGGGAAAAAACUCCGACGGCAACAAAUCCACAAAAUGAACAAACAUCUCAACCUUAACUUCUGCUGAACUGGAGAAUAUCUUAAAUGUUGCAAAAAAUAUACUGAGGAAUGUACUUGUGUGGACUCGUAUUAACCUGGAGAUUAUAUAACGUUUAAUGAUAACUCGCAUAUGAUUUCACAAAGGUUGUGUUGUCGUGGUUGCUGAUAAGCUGUUGUGUGACGUGUGUGGUUCCGAGGCUGCAGAGGAAAACGUUCUCAAGUCAUUUCAUCCGUGUUUCAGCCUUUUGAAAAGAUCGAGAGACUUUAACGUUCGGUACAUCGCUCGGUUAUUAUCACGUUUUUAAAAUGGUUCGAUGUUUUUGACAGUUUACGCUGAGGAAGCAUUUUCCUCUUACUUUGCCAUACUCUUGAUUGUAACUGUAAUAUAGGAAUAAGAGUCAGUGGAUAUUUGAUUUUUGCCUUGUCUGUGGUUAAAAGCUAUUAUCAACAUCAAAUAUAUAUAUAUAUUUUUUAAGUAUAUCUUAUUUUCCCAAUGGUAACGUGUGAAGCUUUGCUUCUGACAAACUCGGCCACUGUGUGUAAACACAAAGCCGGUUCCUGCUGUUGUGUGUCGCUGCAUGAGAACUCACAAUCGCCUCUUCACACAUCUUCAGCCUGAUUGUUCGGACCUGUGGCAUUUGUGCAAUUUAAAUAUUUUAUUAUCUGCUCCAGGUUAUUGUAUUAAGACACUGGAGGAAGGUUUAUUAUUUAGCAAAGAAAAACAGAUGUACGUCCAUCUUUUCAGCGAGUUAUUAGACUUCAUAUGUCAUAUUAAGUUUAUAUAUUAUACGGCUGCAGCCUGAAUUACCACAUGAAGUGAGUAACAUGUUUGGCUAAAGUAUAAUUUACAGGAAGGAGCAUUUAGGAAAAGUUAUUUUUUGCAAUAAUUCAGCAAAAGUGUGAAUUACAGAAUUCCAGGGUAUCAUUUUAAAAGUUAGAAUAGUUAGGAUGUAACUCAUCAACAUUAGGACCUGAGUCAGAAAUCCGCUGCAGCUCAUAACCACAGAAACUUAUUUUAUCAAGACAACACACGAAUCAGAAAUCCACUUUGACUCAGGUCUGUUCUUUUGAAGUUUAAACUCUCGAGGGAUCGUUUCUGUGCUUCUGGAUUUUCUGUCGUUCAAACUAACCCUUGAGGAGGCGGAGCUACUGUGAGGCGUUGUAGAUAUUAAUUUUUAGAUCUGGUCAGAUUGUGCUACGUGUCCAUCGUGUGCCGGCUCUACACCCCCGAGGCUUUAUGGUGUCGUGCCAAGUUCGUACCGAGUUCAGUGGAUUAUGAGACAUACAAGGUGUGUGUGUGUGUGUGUGUGUCUGCGUGUG